AUGGACAAAACAGGGCGCUGCGAGGUGUGUUCAGGGACACGACUCGGGGCAAGCGUCGACUGCAGUAGCAAGUACCGAUGUCCAGUCUGCGGGGUGCGCUACGGUAGUGCACAGUGUUUCCAAGAACAUGUGCCUCGCUGUUCGAGUCAGUACAGAACGCUGGGUGCACAACGCGCUCCAACCUGGAAACGUACGAAAGGGGUCGCGGUGCCCGAGCGUGACCCCGCAGCACGCGCCGAGUCGUUCGCGAAGCGGCUCGCGCUUCUGGUAAACAACAGCUCGAGCGGCCAGACAGCAGACUCUGUAGAAGACCAGGCUACGCUAGAGUAUUUGCGCGCACAGGUUCAGCAGCAGCGAGAGACCAUAGAGUUUAUCGUGGAGCCGCGCGUGAGUCGCACGAAGCGCAUGGAGAGGCUCUCGGGAGUGCUUGCUUCGGCGGGCGAGUUUGCGUGCUUCGUGAAGAGUUUGCUUGAGUUUGUCCAGUUUCGCUCAAGCUUUGAUGAGCAUGGAAGCUAG